AUGGCUGCAGAACCACAGAUCCAGUACAAAUCAGACUUAAUCAAGCAUGCUAUGGAAGCGGAUGCUCUGAAGUUCGGGUCGUUCACGCUGAAAUCGGGACGGAUCUCUCCUUAUUUCUUCAAUGCAGGCCUGCUGUGUACAGGCCCAAUAUUGGCGACGCUAUCAACAGCAUAUGCAGCCACCAUCUUCCAAGCUCUCGAAUCGUCAGCGUUCCCUGAAUUCGAUGUGUUCUUUGGACCAGCAUACAAGGGGAUUCCAUUUGCGUCAGUCACUGCCCUCGCCCUAUAUAACCAACACAAGCUCUCUGUUGGCUUCGCAUACGAUCGCAAAGAGGCUAAGGACCACGGCGAAGGAGGAAAAAUGGUGGGCGCUCCUGUCAAAGGCAAGCGCGUCGUGAUUUUGGACGACGUGAUGACUUCCGGGAAAGCCGUCCGUGGCGCCAUCGAGACAGUUAUACAAAACGAAGGAGAGGUCGUCGGUGUCGUACAAGCUCUUGAUCGAGAAGAAGUCGGCCAGGACGGCGUCAGCAGUACCGUCGCCGAAAUUGAGGGGCUGAUUGGGGAGGGAAGGGUGCUCUCGAUCUUGAAGAUGAGGGAUCUCAUGGUGUGGCUCGAAACUCACGAUCUGAAGCACGAUUUAGCAAACAUGCAGGCGUACAGGGAUAAGUACGGCCUAAAGUAA